AUGUCGAAACAGCUCAACCAGAUCCGGCAGCAAACGAUAGCAUGCGAUGAAGCGAUGCUUUUGAUGGAUAGUCUGACAGAGCUGAAUGGAUCGGGGCAGCUGCGCUUUCAGAGGCAGCCUUGGUUCAGACUCUGCGAGAAACUUCUCAAGAGUCUGGUCUUCCUCCACAACUCCGGCCUGUCAGGGUCUGCUGCAGACAGGAUGCUGAAGGGACGACCGGUGCUCGCUCCCUCUUCCUCCCUCAUCAUCGUCAACAUCUUGCUGCCCCUAGAGCUCAUUUGCGGGUCCAGCAUGGAGGAGGGGAGCAGGUGGCUACAGGAGAUCCACUCGGAUGUGCGGCAUGAGGAUCUUGGAGGUUUCUUGGAGGAACAGAAGCAGGCAAGGGAGCAGGAGGAGGGGGAGAAGGAGAAAGGGGAGGAGAAGGAAAAGCAGGAUGGGCAGCAGGAUGGGCAGGAGGAGGAGAAGUUGGCGACGGAGGAAGACGAUGACGAUUUCGAGUUUGAGCCUAUGGAAGGCAACGCGGAUGAAAGCCUGAGCAAGCUGAUGGAAGAGAAGUGCGGUCAAAAAGAGAAGAAGGAAACAAGCUGGGAGGAGGUGUUCUCCAAAAUCGUCAAGGGGCAGCAGCAACAGGGAAGGAGAAGUUUCUUCCCUUGCAGCGAGGAGGAGGGGCGGCGAGCGCGGAGUGUCUGGGCGGAUGAGGAAGUGAGCGAGCGAGUCUGCAGGCUGCUUGCUGUUCGCCUGCUGGCGCUGCCGGCGGGAGGAGGAAAGGAAGCUGUGAGCGAGGCGCUGCCGGAGCCCGUGGAGGAGGAGGAGAUCUUGACCUGCCGCGUCCUCUCCUCCUUCGCUCUCGGCGCCUCCAGUCAUCUGCUCGACACCCUCCUCCUCAAGACCGGAGGAAUCCGAUCCCUCGCUCACAGACUGACCUGCCAGACAAGUCCUGAGGCCCAUGCUCGCAAGGUCGGCACUCUCGUCCUCCUCUCCGGCUGCUCGCACGAGAUUUUCAGCUUCGUCCGCCGCCUUCCUUCCUUCACCCAACAGCUCGGCUCUCCGUUUCACGAGCUCAUGCGCUUUUUUGCCCUCCUUCAUCAACCGGACUCCUCCUCCUCCUCCUCCUCCUCCUCCUCCUCCUCCUCCUCCUCCUCCCCCGACUCAGCAGAGAAAGUCUGUGAGGAUCUGAUCCUGAUUCUUGAGAGCUGGAGCUGCGAAUAUGAAGGAUCUUCUCUGCUGAAGGAGCAGGAGCAAGAGCAAGAGCAGGAGCAGGAGCAGGAGCAGGAGCAGGAGCAGGAGAAGAAGGAUGAGCAGGAGCAGGAGAAGAAGGAGGAACAGGAGAAGCAGGAGAGUGCAGGGCUCCUCCUCCUGCAGGUCCUCAGCAUUCUUCUCAGCUGCCAGAACAGCAGGAACCUUCGGACGAGGAUAACCAAGAGAUUUCCCCUCCUCCUCUCGAGGAUGCGCGAACUUCAGGCCAAGGUCCAAAAGGCGAUUGCCGAGCUGCAGUCGGAGAUUCUGCGGGUGGAGCAGCAGGGAACCAGUGAGCUUCAGGUCGAACAGGUCGAGGAGGUCGAGGAGGUCGGGGAGGUCGAGGAGGUCGAGGAGGUCGAGGACCGACAGAGGAAGCGGAGGAUGCAAGCCUUGCGGAGGAGAAAGGAUGCCCUCCUCGGCUCCAGCCUGCUGCUCAAGAACGUGCUGCUCGACCCUCACUCGCGCAAGGCGGACUGA